GGCAUGCUGCUCCACUGUAUUCAACUGAUUUGGUAGGGUAUUUCAGUGAAUGUGCCUUUUGAAACGACCAUGGUUGCUUAUGCUGCAAGAGAGGGGCUACCUGUGCUGCGAUCAGACUUCGUGCACGACACUUGCAGUUCUUUACUCUCGGUCAGUCCUGUAACCUGCGCAGAAAACUUAAAGAAGAUCUGACGUACCUUUUCAUCAGUGGAAACCUCCGCUAUCUUCACAGGAAUCAACAUCUCGGCAAGCACCGCCUUCACGUGUCUUCACUAAACUUGCAAAAUCGAUGCUACUGUCGUCGAACUGAAUAAACGAUACGGAGACGAUUAAACUUCAAAGGCAAAUGCUUAGCUUGUAAGGUGCUAUGUGUGCAGCAUUUUCUGAAUGAAGCUUCCUUCCAUUUAUCGCUUUCAGUGUUUACCUCAGUGACAGACACUCGUGUUGGACAUUUCCUUGUCGGUAAGGUUUGUCGCUGCUGUGAAGACUACACGACUGCGAAGAGGAACAACAAUAUGAACUCUCUUUGACUUCGGUCCUUUUUCUCGAAGGAUGAAAAGCAAAUAAAAAUAUGUUUUCAAGAAUUGUACCUCCUGCAUGGACGAGACGUCAGCGAGCUGACAUUCGGUUCAGAUAUUAAGCCCAAUAAAUUACAGUUUUUUUUUUUUUUUUAAAGUUCGGAUUAGUUUAUGCUUCCGUUUGGGGCGUUUCUCACUGUGUGCAACUGAAGUAUAUACGUCUGCGAUCCUACGAGUCCUGUGUAGCUCUUCCUUUGUGUGUCUGUCGCCAGGGAGAUAAGCACCUCUUGGCCUGGCGUGCAACUGGUCUUGCUUUCACAAACAGACCUCAGCCUGUUCUGUUCACUUCGAUACGCCAUCGGCUGACGCGCGUUUGACCUCGACACUUGGCAGCCAACUGGGAAGCACGAGGUGAUAUCGACGGGUAGUUCUGUGUGAUUGUGUAUGGGAGUAUUGUGUGUGGGAAGGGCGGGGAAGCGUGGAAAAAAGCUGAACAGGGAGAAAACACUAGCGAUCGAGUUAUCGGCCAACAACAUAUCGCCGCUGUUAGCGAUCUUCUGUUACCGAUCUUCUGUUACCGCCAGUAAACAUUUCAGUGACUUAGUAACACCGACAACAGUCGGUUGUCACCGAGUAAAAACAAAUAUGAAACGUCUCUUUUGAAGCUACAUUUUCCAUUUAGUUUUAGAGUCUUUGGUGAAAACUGGGAAUCCACUGAGUCGGUAUGAAAAUUGUCUCAGCAUUGUGGAAAAGCGCAGACUGGCUCAUUUCGUGUUCUUCUAUAUCUGCCUGCACUCGGCGGUGGUUGAACGUUAAACUGCGUUUAUGACAUCAGUAAAUAAAGGAUACAUGGAAGAUAUUUUACAAGGCAGAAGUAUGCGAGCGCAGACUUGACCUACUUUCGUCUUGAAAACAGAAUUAUGUCAGACAUCAUCAGCGCCACCGCUGCGUCGCAGCCGCUGUGUCAUCCUCGUGGGAAGAGCUGUUUGGUGUGCAGCACAUGGUUAGUUUGCAUUGCCUUCAUUGCUGACCCCUUGUGACGGAGCUAUGACCCUCAACAUGAAGAAGACGGUGGACGAUCUGGACGCCUGGUACAGGCAGCAUAUUCAAAGAACUCGAAAGUACAGCGCUCCAGCCCUGCCCAUGAGCAGUCGCAGCUCCGAGAGUCACAUCAGUAGCUUCUGGGAAAGCAGAGAUGACAAGGGCCAGCACCUGACUGUACCUGAAAGGUAUUAUGGACAAGUAAGCCAGUCUCCUGACCGCACACCAAGCCCUACUAGAAAAGUCCGUGCCCGCAAGAGUUUGCCAGAAGGUAGCCUGGCCCUUCCAGGACAUGGGGAGGAGCUGAGGCGCAAGUCAUAUGACCUGGCUGCAGAGGGAGGCAAGUCAAGUAGGCUGGGGCUUCUUCUGAACCGUCUAAACCCUGCUGCUAUGAAGAAGACCGAAGCAGCUAAAGCUGCAGCAGGUGCGGGUCUUCAGGCCACAGGCCUCCCUUCCUCUGGCAGUUCCAGCUCUACCAAGGUCUUCAAGAAGUCGGCAUCGAAAAGCCCCAACUUGCCUCGCAAGCCUGGUAUAUCCACUGCUGAAACCCUUGGGUCUGGCAGUGGUGGGGAUCCAGCUGCUUUCUGCCCAGUCACUGGAACCUCUGGCAGUGUUAACAGAGCGUACACAGGGUCUGGCACUCUUCAUCCCCCUGCAAGUGGCGAUGACAGUUCCUCUGUUACUGUCAGCAUUGAAGAUUUGGAUUCAGUUGAUGGGGGUUCUAGCAGAGAGAAUGGCACCACAAGCCUUUCAGCAGCAACUAUUGUCCCGACGGAUGAGAACACGAUUGAAGCCCAGGGACCUGAAGGGAGUGAUGCUCAGAAGCAGCGGCAAGCCAUAGAACACUUGCAGGCCAAGAUAAAUAAGACAAAGGAACUCAUUCGUCGAGAGCAGACACAGAAGGAAUCCAAUGUGAAUGAGUAUCUCCAGUUAGCAUCAGCGGCAGACAAGCAGCAAAGCCAGCGCAUGAAGAACCUGUUUGAGAAGCGGAACCAGAAGUCAGCGCAGUCCAUCAAUCAUCUGCAGAAGAAGCUAGAGCAGUACCAGCGCCGACUGCAGGAGGUGGAGACCCAUGGUUUCUCCACCCACAAGCAAGCUAAGGAAGUACUUCGAGAUGUGGGUCAAGGGUUAAAGGAUGUUGGGGCCAACAUUUUUGAUGGCUUAUCUGGAUUUUCAGGGGGUGUUGUUGACAACAUCAAAGGGGCAAGAGAUACUAUAGUUUCGAAACCAAAAGAGUUUGCACAUCUCAUCAAGAACAAAUUUGGCAGUGCUGACAACAUUACCCAUAUGACAGAAACUGAUGAGAGUAAUGUGGAGACUGAACCAAGACAGCAGGCAGGGGGAGCAGUGACACUACCAGCAAAUUUUAGAUAUGGAUCAGAUGAAGACAACUCAAGUGUUACCUCGGGUUCUGGUUAUGGAGCAGGCCACAGCAGUCCUCAUUCAGCAUCCCAGAAUGCAUCUCAAUCAUUGCCUGUUCCACAGGCCAUAGUAGAACCUCUUUAUGACCAGCUGUCUGGCUUAAAGGUCACAUUCCAAAGCUUGGAUGACACUCUGAAACGUCUAACUGAAGAAUUUGAAAAUUAUAAGGCCACAACCCAGAGUGAGCUUGGCUUACUGAGAAGCCUUUUGGAGGAGGAAAAGUUCCGUGUUGAGCGACUGGAGGAGCAAGUCAAUGACCUUACAGAACUGCACCAGAAUGAAAUGGCCAACCUGAAGCAGGACACUGCCUCUGUGGAAGAGAAGAUAGAAUACAGACUUGAAGAGCGCACCACUGACCUCAGUGAUCUAGUUGACAACUGCCAGACUCGGAUAUUGAGACUGGAGCAGCAACAGCAGCAGCAACAACUUCUGUCUAUGGAGAUGGUGGAGAAUGUAACUUUUCGAACAAUUCUGACAAAACUCAUCAAUGUUGUUCUUGCAGUCCUGGCUGUCAUCCUCGUCUUCGUUUCAACAGGAGCCAACCUUCUUUCUCCUUUCCUGACAACGAGAAUGCGCAUCCUAUCAACAUCGGUGAUGUUGUUCAGUAUUGCUGUGAUGUGGAACUAUGGAGGAAUGUUCUGGGCAUUUUGUAUCAACAUUUGGGAUAAUGUCUCUAGCAUCUUACCAGGGAGGUAGCAGUCCAUUUCAGCCUUUUGACCUCGUCUGAGCUUUCAUAGUUUUGCUGCCUUAGCCGUGACCAGCGAACAAUCGGCAGUCACAUCGAGCGUAACCCUUCUGAGGAUGACAGCUGAAAUGUGGAUAGAAGAGUAAGGAUUUUAGCUGUGUGAUGUGGUCAUGGCCAGGUAACGAGUUCUGCAGAAAUCGUUGGCCAGUGCUUGCAGAAUGGCAUUUGUUUUGUGCUGAAGGAAAUGUGCAGCUGGUGUCUGGUGGCUUAACCGCUUUACCCUAGAGAACUAGGGUUCACAUGACAUAUUCUCUUGCAAUGACUGAUGUGUGACUGGAGCGUAAUUGUAUCAGGUGAUCCAGCCAUAUAUAAAACUUGUGAAAAACAAAACGGGAACAACUAAAGUUUCUCCUUCAACAGCAUGGUGUUACUGUGGAUAUGCAUUCAUUUACUGUGCUUUUUUUUUUUUUUUUAAGCAAAGAAUAGAUUUGGGGUGGCAGGAACUGUCUGUUGUCAUUGUGCCCUACCCCAAACAAUUCUUUUAUAAGCUUUUUGCAUGCCUUUGUGCACCCUUGUGGUGGACUAGAAGCCGAUCUCAUUGCUACAUUGUUCUAUAUAUUAAUAUUUAUUGUUCAAGUCCUUAAAGUCAUGUCCAGUAGAUUGUGUGCUGUUUUCUGAGUUCUUAGAUUAUCAUUGACAUUCAACUUUCAUCUGGGUUUUUUUUUUUUCAGUUUAUCGUCUAUUUUUACUUGGUGAACAAUACCAUCUGAUCAGCACUUUUUGUGAUACAUUUGUUGUCAUGUUUUCUGAUAGUGUGCAUUUUUUUAAUUUUACAAAUGCAAUAACCUUUUGUUUGAAUAUGAAAGUAUUUUCUCUUUUUUAUUAACCAUGUCCACCAAGAAGAUUGAACACCUCUGUUCUUGAUGUUUUCUCCACUAUCAAGCUUCUGGUUUUUGGUCAGUAUUGUCACAGCAAUGUGUGCAACUUUCUAUUGGAGUUUUGCUUUUUCUCUCCUCAGUGACAUGAGGACUGCAGUGGCUUGUUUUGUAGGUGAUCAUUUUACCUGUUUAAGGUACUAGGUACAAUACAGCAUGUUAGUGGUAGUCAUAAAAUUAAUAUAUUAUGAUUGCGACUUGCUUAAAGAAAGAGGACGAUGCUGAAUGCAGCAAAACCUUAGAGGCAGGGGCUCAAAACCUAGGAAGUCAUUGUACAAACGAGAAUUUUGCAAGAUCUUGAUACUGCUUUAGGCAAUUCCACCAUUAGUUUUUAGAGCAUUUCUUUGGAGAUUCAUUUAGAGAUUAGAGCAGCUACUCAUUUUGCAUGAUCUAAUUUUGGAGUAUGAGUCAUAGAAAUUGUGUAAAGGGUUAUUUUUGCAUAGUUAAAGCAAAGAUCAUGAUGAAGUCACUGAAAGCAUGAUUUUGUGGUUUAUUUCUGUAUGAGAAAGUUUGGUUUGAAUCAUUGGGUUGUGGUGAAAGGUUUUUUUUGUGAGUCCCAGCAAUGUUUAUUGACUGUUAAAUAAUGAGAGUUAUAUGUAUAGGAGUUUCCAAUGUUGAUUGGUUUACUGAUCUUCAUAUCAUGUAAAACGAAAGGAAACAGUGAGAACAAAGAGGAUUUAACUUGUACUGGACCUUUGAUUUUGAUUUCUAUCUUCGCCUGGAAUUUGAUUCUUUAGUUCUAAAUGUAAGUUUCUGGCAUGUUUUGAGAAUACCAGGUAUAUAAUUUUGAACUUCAUGGCCAUUUUGGCAAAAUUCACAGUAGGACAUCAUUUAACACCAAUGUAUUUUGUCAUAGUGGUGAGCUGCUAGACUGUCACAAUGAGUAAUACUGCAAUGAAAGGAAAACUGCUGUAUGCCAGUUUAGUUGGGAUGGCAAGAGAGGACUCUGGUUGCAUUCCUUUUUUUUUUUCAGAUUAGAAAUGCUCUUAUUUUGCAGGCUAGUUUUAGGUUACUUUCCACAGCCAUUUUGUGUACUUGGGAAGACUGAAGAGUUGUGCUUCUCAUUAAUUUGUAGGUUUGUUUUUCUUAAUUUUUCUAUGAACUUUUUGGUUUUUCUGUAAGGUAAUGUCAUUUCUUUAAAUGUGAUUGCCAUACAUUCGGUUGUGUUAAAGUAAGUAAAAUAGCCAUUCUUAAUAUCCAACAUGUUUUCUUUAGUGGAAACUAGAAGUAGUGGCUUUACUGACUACUCUAAAUUCUAUAUCGGGUCCAACAAAGCAUAAAGUGGUUGCAAAAGUGAUGUUUUUUUUUUCUUUUUCUUUUUUCCUCACAAAGGGUAAUGAUCAUUUGCAAUAAAUGAAAUUUAUUUUUCUUAUAUAGGAUUUUUAUAUGUUAUUUAGGAAUUAUUACAUGCAGAUUUACUUGGUUUAACAUUGCAGGGCUCCUUAUUCAGCCUCAGUUGUGCUUAACUAUUGCAUUAUUCUAGGUUCAGUUCCUUCAACUUGACGUCUAGAUUUUUCUUCUAAGCAUUUCCAGUAGAACCUUCAUAAGAGCAUGUUAUUUUGUCUUUCUGUAUUUUAGAUAUAUCUGUGGUGCAUUAUUUCAUGGCGCCAUCAGCAUUGCUGAUAAGAACAGCUUUCAGCAUGGUAGUGACAAAAGUCAGACUGGAGCUGCAAUAAAAAAAUAUUCAUCUUUGUAGAGUACACGCCACCUAAACAGGUUUUAAUUUGGUUUCAUAUUUGUGUUGACUGACAUCCCAGUCUACACAAUACCUAUUUUUAUAAUAGUUUAUUUAUAUCAGCCCACCUGAACUUGAUAGCCAAGAUUCACGUCUCUUUUUUUUUCUUUCCUUUCCCAACUGUAGAUAGCUGCAGAUAACAUCUUCGAAUGAUAAUUUCUUUAAAAUACGAAUAUCAUUUACUUUUUUGUUCUUCGUGUUUAUGUGUUUACUUAUAUAUUCUUAACUUCACAAUGAUUUUUGUCUGUGCCUAAGUUAUUGAAAAUAUCGAAAAUUGUUGCUGGACAGAAAUGUUUAAAUACUGCAGGAAAAAUGUUGCAAAAAUAGAUUUAGUUUUACAAGUAACCUUCAGUUUGUUCAAAGUGUAUGGCUGGUCAACAAUUUGCAAACAUGAUAUGUAUUAUUAAUGUUUUGUUUACUGCGCGUUCAGGGAGAUGCAUAAACAACUCCUUUGGCUCUUAAGUGUUCAUAGCAUUAAGAAUCCAGUGCAGAGAAAUGGAAAACUUUUUCAAGACUCAACUUCAUUCAUGUGCUGGGUGCAUUCAUGCCCUUAUCUAAUUGUUAAAUUCUGAUUUUUCUUUUUAAUAAAAGCAAUUGAGAGAGUACAUUUAUGAAGUUUUAGUGGUGCUGGCUGAUGACCGCUGGACCUAAUAUUGCCAGGAUUACCGAUCAUCACACUGCAAAGAGCACAUACAGAAGCAGGGUUCGCAGAAGGGUGUGCCCUAGAUUUUACAAAGAGUUAUUAAGGUGCUGCUUCAUGACUAUAACAAAUAUUGUACACCUUUCCACCGAGAACUCUUGAAGGUCAUGUUGGGUAGCAGGUCUGCUGGUCAGACUGAUUGCUUGUCGAGGCUUUUUUCCCUCUGGCUUAGACAUAAACUUUCUUUUUUUUAAACCGACCUUACAGUUGGUAGUAAUGAGCGUGCAGGAUGUGAUGUGUAAUAUAUUUGGGUGACAUUUGCAGAGUUUGAUCAUUUUUCUUGUUUUAGGAUAAAGUUUGAGUUGUGGCUAACAGUUUUCUACAUAGGGUUAGAAAGAAAAGAAGCGACCUGAUGGAUGCGCGGUGAAACUGCAAAAAUGUUUUGAUGGGAUGGGCUUUUGUUGUGGAUAGGAAUGAAGUAGUGCCUGUUGGGAAGUGUUUAAGAACGCUCACCCAUCUGUCUUUACAGAAAUGGAAUAGCUUGAGCGUAAGUCCUAUGAUGUAAGAUUUGCCUUUAUUGCCACGUCUUUUCUAUUCGCAGAUUUUUAAUUGUUGCAGUAUAUCGCCCGCCAUCAUUAAUGGAAACACUCAUAUUGACAUUAUAAUAUCGCAACCAUUUAUAAAUGGCACUUUCCCUUUUCUUUAACAGUUUAUGUAUGGCAUGCUCGGGUUAAUUUUAUCCAUUUUAAGGUCUUUGUGUUAUUUGAGAGAAGAGUGGUAACAUAGGUAGCGAUACUGUAGACGUGUCCUAGGUUUGGGCUUUUUCCCAUGUGUGACAGUUGGGAUUAAAAACGAGGUGGGGAGGGGUUUUGUUUUUGUACCUAGGCUUGCGCAGCUUUGAGUAUGAAUUAUAUGGCUUGUGCAUGCAUGACAUUUUCGUAGUGACUGAGAGAUGAUGGUGCUAGCAGUGUACAGCGUGGCCGGCGUGCAGUGGUGAGUUCAGUCUCUGCGGCUCUCAGUAGUGGCGUGGGUGACGUCCACCAUUCAUUAAAGUGGUUUGAAAGCA